AUGCUCAUCUCAGCUGCAUCAAUGACCCCAGAGGCAGGUGGCCCAGGCUCCCAGGGGCCCCCAGGGGCCCCACCACCCUUGCUGCCCAAGCCAGGAAAGGACAACCUGCGUCUGCAGAAACUUCUAAGGAAGGCAGCUCGGAAGAAGGUGACUGGGAGCGGGCCCCCUGCCCCACCUGGAGCCUUUCGCACCUCUCUGUCUCCCGUAAGCGAGGUCAGCCAUGACCAGGAGACCACAGCCCCACGCCUCACUGAGACCCCGCGCAUGGUGGCCACCCUGUCCCGCUCCCCACACACCCCCAUCAUCCAUCAUGUUGCAUCGCCCAAGCAGAAGUCUGGAUUCUCCUUCAGUCUCACCCAGCGUAGAACUCUGGCUGCACAUUUCAAGGCCACGGCACCCCAGCUUGUGGCCCCAACCCCAGAACCUGUCCACCCCCCAAGUGGCAUCACUGUAGUCUCUGCCCCAGCAUCAAGGGAUACUCAUAUCACCCAGAUGCAUAUCCGGCUGGCACCAUCCCCACAUGCUGAGAUCUCUGAGCCCCCAAGGGGGGCCCUGGAAGGGGGGCCCAGUGGCCAGGACCAAGACAUGGCACCUUGCUCACCCAGGGCCCAGCCUCUCAUCCCAGUGGCUCACAUUCGCCCACUGCCCACUGGGACCCUGGCUGCCAGUCCUCAGCCUGAGGAGCCCCCUGUACCAAGGCCCCCACCUGGCUUCCAGGCCUCAGUGCCCAGAGAGGCUGGCACCAGGGUCGUGGUACCCAUAGCCCCCACCUACCGCUCACCAGGACCCUCACCUCACAGCCAGGCCCCUGUGGUUCCUGAAGCUGAGCACCUGGCAGGGUCCCCCACUGCUGACUCUGCUGUUGGGGCAGAGGCAAUUUCCAACCCCCUUAGGAUCUUGUCAUCUACCCCACCAUCAGGCCCUCACCCAUGCCCUGUCCCCAAAGUCGCACCCAAACCCCAGCUCAGCGGCUGGACGCGUCUCAAGAAGCAGCUGAUGGAAGAGGCAGAGGAGCCCCCAUUCCUGGGGCCAGAUCAGACCCAAGCACCUGCAGAGCAGGAGGCAACUGCCCAGGCUCGUCCCCGGCCCCCCGCCUCCCGGGCCUCCAGGAUGUGGGAUGCAGUGCUGUACCGCAUGUCGGUGGCCGAGUCCCACAGCCGCCAGGACAAACCCAGGGAUGGGCAGCACACCUUGCCUGGCCUCGGCCGGCUGCCCUUCUUGUACCGCCCUCGCUUCAAUGCCCGGAAACUACAGGAGGCCGCCCGACCCCCUCCUGCGAUCCACUCCAUCCUACCGCUGAGCCCCCAGCCCAAGAACUUCAACAGGACAGCGACUGGCUGGAGGCUCCAGUGA